CCGCUGGCACCAUGCGCGCUGCCCUGGCACUGGCGCUGCUCGUGCUGUGCCGCCCUGCCGAGCCCUGGUACCGACAGGCGGCCCGGCCCCUCCACUACUCGGUGGGCAGAGCUUCGGGUCUGCUCUCCAGCCUCCGCCGCCCGCCGCACACCCGUCGCUCCGACACCGACGGCUCUUCCGAGCCCGGCCGCGCCGAGGUGCCGCCCCGUUUGGACCGCGCGCUCCGCGCCACCGUGCUGUGCCUGACGGAUGUGGCCCCCGAGCCGCGGAGCUGCCGGGCGCUGCCGGGAGUGCCCAGAGCUCUCCGGUGCAGGGCGGAUGUGAGCAUGUCCUGGGACCCUGUGGAGUGUGCGGUGUCCUGAGCCGGCACUGGUGGCUCUGGGGAAAUAAUAAAAGUGCUUGGGCUGGC